AUAAAUAAAUAAAAAUAGAAAAUUGAGUUAGUAUAAAGAUGGAAGUGAGCGACUAUAUGAGCAGAAACAGCAGGGGAUGGGUGAAGUCGGCGCUUCUUCUUCCAAACACCAUAUGAUAGGAGGCGAUGGCCCCAACAGUUACGCUCGCAAUUCUGCAUACCAGAAGGAAUUGCUGGUUUCUGCAGAGGAUUUGGUGCGGGAGCUCAUCAGUAAGCACGUGGACACUGAUUUGGAGACGUUCCGCAUCGCGGACUUGGGUUGUUCCGUGGGCCCCAACGCCUUCUUGGCCGUGGACAACAUCAUCGCUGCCGUGGAGGAGCGAUGCGGAGCUCAUGUCCCCGAGUUCCAGGUGUUUUUCAACGAUCUCAUCGGCAACGACUUCAACACUCUCUUCAAGCUGCUGCCUCCCUCCCGGAACUACUUGGCCGCCGCGGCGCCCGGUUCCUUCCACGGCCGCCUCUUCCCCAGAGGCAGCAUCCACUUGGCGCACUGCUCCACCGCGCUUCACUGGCUGUCGGCGGCUCCGGAGAAGCCCAACAAGGGCCGCAUUCACUACUCGGGAGCAGGGAAGGACGUGAGAGACGCGUAUCGGGCUCAGUACGAGAGGGACAUGGAUGCUUUCUUGAGCGCCAGAGGCCUCGAGCUCGUGCCCGGAGGCCUCGUGCUGCUGCUUUUGAUCGGCUUUCCUGAUGGUUACCUUCUUGCUUCCGACUCUAGCAUCGGUCACGCUUUUCAUACUCUCGGAUCCUGCCUCUACGAGAUGGCCAAGAUGGGGAAGAUAGGGGAAGAGGAGGUGGAUUCCUUCAACUUGCCUUUCUACUACCCGAGUCGGACGGAGGUGGAGGCGGUGAUCGUGGCGAACGGGGUGUUUGAUGUGGAGAGAGUGGCUGAGAUGGGUGCUCCGAUGAGGCGCGACCCGGAUGCUGCAAGUGUGGUGUCUCAUAUGAGAGCUGUGGUGGGGGUGCUUGUUGAGGAGCGGUUUGGGAGUGGGAUUGUGGAACAAGUGUUUGAGCUGCACUUGAACAAACUGUUGGAGAGGCCCAUUCUUGAUCACACUCAUCACAAAGAGACUAUCUACUUUCUGUUCCUCAAACGGAAGGCGUUUUCAUGAUUCUCAAAAUUGUAUUGUUUCUGUGUUUCAUUGCUCAUAAUUCUACAUGUUUUUAGCUUUCACAAUAACAAUGAUGUAAAUUAUGUGUGUUUUUGGA